AUUUGACUCCUGUCUCCCCACCCCCAGUCCGUGAGAGGUGGAUUUAGGAAGAAAGGAACCAAAACCUGGGACGCGGAGAUAACGAGAGACACCAAUAAAGAGAUAUAGGCGACAUUUGGAGAUCCGCGCGCGGCGGUGUCGCGCACGGAUAAUAAUAGGGUGUUUUAUUUUUCUUUCACUGAGGAGAUUCUGGCUCAGAGCGUCUGAUCUCGGGGAAAAGGAAUACAAACGCACGGGGAAUAAUAUCGGCACUUUAUACUCGCUCCCCCCGUUAACAAGUGACUGCUCUGCCGCUGAAGAAAUUGGGAUAUAGCUAACGUUUUUUUUUUCUUCAAACAUCGGGGGUGCGAAGUAGCUGUUUUUCUGAAGGAAUACGACUGCUCACCCACAAAGAAUACGGAGUUUAAAAGCUUUCCCCCGUAAAGCAACUAGGGGGUAGUUAAAGAAAUACUACCGUUGAAAGUGCUAGUCCAUCCUGCGUGAAGACCCGAACCUUCCCUGCGCAGUCAGGGCCUCGGCUCUCCAGCCAGGUCGAAGAUCAGUCCCACCCCACCCCUCCCUGCCCCCUUUUCCCUACUGGAGCCAAGAUGGCCACCAGCGGUGCCCCUCGCCUCUCCUUGCCACUCCUGUUGCCUGUCACCACGCUGCUGCUAUCACUGCUGCUCACCGGCGCCCACGCCUUAUCACCACCACGGUUCACUAAAGUUCCCGUCGACCAGAUUGGUGUCUCGGGGGGCGUGGUCUCCUUUGUGUGCCAGGCGACGGGCGAUCCCAAGCCAAGGGUUAGCUGGAACAAGAAAGGCAAGAAGGUCAACUCCCAGCGUAUAGAGACGAUUGAGUUUGACGAGGGUGCCGGCGCCGUACUCAGAAUCCAGCCUCUCCGAGCGCCACGUGAUGAGAACAUCUAUGAAUGCGUUGCCGAGAACACCGAGGGCGAGAUCACUGUCAAUGCCAAGCUGUCCAUCAUCCGAGAGGACCUACUCCCACCAGGCUUCCCUAACAUUGACAUGGGCCCUCAACUCAAAGUGGUGGAGCGUACUCGAACAGCCACCAUGCUUUGUGCUGCCAGUGGCAACCCUGACCCAGAAAUCACCUGGUACAAAGACUUCCUGCCCAUUGACCCCAGUGCAAGUAAUGGGCGAAUCAAACAACUACGCUCAGAAAGCUUUGAGGGUACCCCGAUUCGAGGUGCCUUGCAGAUCGAGAACAGCGAGGAGACAGACCAGGGGAAGUACGAGUGCGUGGCGUCUAAUGUGGAAGGCGUACGCUACUCGUCCCCUGCUAACCUUUAUGUGCGAGAGCUUCGAGAAGUCCGGCGGGUGCCUCCUCGCUUCUCCAUUCCACCAACGAGUCAGGAAAUUAUGCCUGGUGGCAGUGUGAACAUAACAUGCGUGGCAGUGGGAUCGCCCAUGCCUUACGUCAAGUGGAUGCUGAACUCAGAGGACUUGACACCAGAGGAUGAGAUGCCAGUGGGCAGAAACGUUCUCGAACUGAGCAGCGUCCGUGAGUCAGCCAACUACACCUGCGUGGCCAUGAGCAGCCUUGGCAUCAUUGAAGCUGUUGCGCAGAUCACUGUCAAAUCUCUCCCCAAGCCUCCAGGUACCCCUGUGGUUACUGAAACCACUGCCACCAGUGUGACCAUCACCUGGGACUCAGGCAACCCAGACCCAGUGAGUUAUUACAUUAUCCAGUAUAGAGCCAAGUCCCCAGACAGCAAGUAUGAGACGAUGGAUGACAUCACCACUACACGUUACAGCAUUGGUGGCCUCUACCCCAACACAGAGUAUGAAAUUCGUGUCUCAGCUGUCAACACAAUUGGCCAGGGUCCUCCUAGUGAGCCAGUAGAAGCCCGGACUGGUGAACAGGCCCCUGCCAGUCCACCACGAAACAUCCAGGCCCAGAUCAUAUCCCCAAACACCAUGAUGGUACGCUGGGAAGAGCCUGAGGAGCCCAAUGGGCAGAUCAAGGGCUACCGCGUUUAUUAUACCAUGGACGACUCCCAGUCCAUGAACCUCUGGCAGAUUCAUAAUGUCCAAGACAGCCUCAUCACCACUAUCCAAAGCCUGGUUCCUCAAGAGACAUACACAAUUAAAGUCCUAGCAUUCACCUCUGUUGGAGACGGACCCUUCUCAGAGCCUAUCCACGUCAAAGUACUGCUAGGAGUUCCAGGUCAGCCAUCCAAAUUUCAGGCUGGUGCUGUGUCUGACACUAGCAUUGAACUGACCUGGGAACCUGCCUAUGAGAAAGAAGGAAUUGUAAAUUAUGAACUUCGUUACACGGAAGGCAGUUUGGGCAUCCAGAUGAAGAAAACAUUUGGACCAACAUCUUCAUAUGUUGUGGAAGGUCUCCGCCCAAACACAGAAUACCAUUUCUCCCUGGCAGCCAUCUCUAACAAAGGCAUCGGAGCCUUCACCAAUGACAUAUCACAGAAGACCUUGCAAGCCAAGCCCUCAGCCCCCCCUCAAGACAUUAAGUGCAGCAGCACGAGCUCCACCACCCUGCUGGUAAGUUGGCGCCCCCCGCCUUUGAAGAGUCAGAACGGUGUCCUGGCGGGGUAUAGGGUGCACUACCAGGUGGUGGGCCCGUCAGAAGGCGGCAGUGACGAUGGGGUGCCCACGGAGGAGCCCACAGUCCCUGCCACUGAAGAGCAGGUGCUGCUGCAGCGAUUGGAGAAGUGGACCCAGUACCGCAUCACUGUGUCUGCCUUCACCGUAAUAGGGCCGGGCCCUGAGAGUGAGCCCCUGAUCUGCCGCACAGACGAAGACGUUCCUGGGGCUCCUCCAAGGCGGGUGGAGGUGGAGGUCCUCAACUCCACAGCAUUAAAGGUGAUGUGGCGUUCCCUGACGCCAGGCAAGCAGCACGGACAGAUCCGUGGCUACCAGGUUCACUAUGUACGAGUGGAAAAUGGCGAGUCACGGGGCCUGCCCCUCAUCAAGGACGUCAUGCUAGCAGAUGCCCAGGAAAUGGUCAUCGGAGGACUAAAGCCUGACACCACUUACUCCAUCACGGUGGCAGCGUACACCACCAAGGGGGAUGGAGCCCGGAGCAAACCCAAACUGGUGGUGACCAAAGGGGCAGUGCCUGGUCCGCCCUAUCUGUCAGUGGCUCAGGAUUCAGAGACGUCAGCUGUGGUUCGCUGGGACCCUCCAGACCUGACUAACGGCAUGGACCUGCAGGGUUACCGGCUCCAGUUUGGCCGGAGAGAUGUCUCUCCUUUGGCCACGCUGGAAUUUGCUCCCCAAGAACGACAGUACUCUGUGGGCAACAUUCACCGGGGGGCCACUUAUCUCUUUAAAAUCUCAGCCAAGAGCAGGGGAGGCUUUGGGGAGGAGGCUGUGGUAGAACUCAAUGUGCCCGAGAAUACGCCAGGGGGAUACCCUCAAAUUGAGGAGAGCUCCAAUGUGACAUGCUGCUCCGUGCAGCUGUCCUGGUCUCCACCUGUGUUGGCUGAGAGGAAUGGGGUAAUCACAGAGUACACUUUGGCCUAUAAGGAAGCCGGUACCGGAGGAGCACCACGGGAGCUCCACUUGCCUCCCAACCGGUCCAGCUAUGUGCUCAACAGCCUCAAACCAAACUCUGCAUAUGAUGUAAAAAUACGUGCACACACCAGUGUAGGUCCAGGGCCCUACAGCCCGCCUAUCCAGUAUCGGACGGUGGCCUUUGAUCCAACAGACGUUCCAAAGAAUUUCACUGUCAAGUGGGCCACCAAGACCACAGUGGUCCUUGCAUGGAAGUUUUCUGAAAGCAGGUUUCCAUACAAGUGCACGAUUGAGUACAACCGUCAGAAAAUGGAUGUGGAUGCCAGGCAGAUGAGAGUGCUCAUCACUGGGCUAAGGCACAAUACCACCUAUGAAUUCAGGGUGACAUGCCAAGAAAGCAUGGAGGGUGGGCCCAGACACCGUGUAGUUGCCCGGACCGCACCACUCAUCCUGGUCAAGAAACCCAAGCUUGACAUCUAUGCUGAACCUGACAACAUGCUCACCAUGUCCUUCCCACCGCUCGAUAACAAGGAUGUCAAGAACUUCUAUGUUGUUGUGGUGCCACUCAAGAGGACCUCAGGAACUGUCAAAAACCUGAAGAACCCUGAUGAGAUGGACAUGGAAGAGCUGUUGCGAGAGGUGACCCCAAAGCGUCGUUCACGCCGUCAGCUGGCUCAGCUGGACCAGAGGAAGCCCUACGUCACAGCCUGCUUCAGGCAGCUGCCCUCCAGCUUCACGGUGGGAUCUGACCACCGCCACAGCAGCUGUGAGAACAAGCCUCUUGAACCUGGCCAGGAGUAUGUCUUCUUCCUGCUGGCUGAACUCAACGCCACUGCUGGGAAAAUGUUUGCUACCAGCCCUUAUACCGACACAGUGAUGACUCCUGAGCUGGUGGUGGACCCUCUUCCAGUAGAGACUGGUGACGGACUCAUAUGGGUGGUGGGCCCAGUCCUAGCUGUGGUCUUCAUCAUCUGCAUCGUCAUUGCCAUUCUUCUGUAUAAAAACAAACCUGACAGCCGCAAAAGAAAAGAGUCUGAGCCACGCACAAAAUGUCUGCUGAACAACGCAGACAUUACGCCCCACCACCCUACAGACCCUGUGGAGAUGAGACGCAUCAACUUCCAAACUCCAGAUUCUGGUCUAAGCAGUCCUCAGAGUGAAGCAGAUUUUGUCUAUGAAAGUAUGAUGAAUCAUCCUCCCAUCCCUAUUUCAGAGCUGGCCGAACACACAGAGCUUCUCAAGGCCAACGACAACCUCAAGCUCUCCCAGGAAUAUGAGUCCAUCGAUCCAGGCCAGCAGUUCACCUGGGAACACUCCAACCUGGAGGUGAACAAGCCCAAAAAUCGUUACGCCAAUGUCAUCGCCUACGACCACUCCCGUGUCAUCCUGGCCCCCAUCGAGGGUAUCACGGGUAGUGACUAUAUCAACGCCAACUACAUUGAUGGCUACAGAAAGCAGAAUGCCUACAUCGCCACCCAGGGUCCAUUACCAGAGACAUUCGGGGACUUCUGGAGGAUGGUGUGGGAACAGAGAGCUGCCACUGUGGUCAUGAUGACCAGGCUGGAGGAAAAGUCACGGAUUAAGUGUGACCAGUACUGGCCAAGUCGUGGCACAGAAACCUAUGGUAUGACCCAAGUGACCCUGUUAGAUACCAUAGAAUUGGCCACUUUCUGUGUCCGCACUUUUUCCUUGCACAAGAAUGGCUCUAGUGAGAAGCGGGAGGUUCGUCAGUUCCAGUUCACAGCGUGGCCUGACCACGGUGUGCCAGAGUACCCAACCCCCUUCCUGGCCUUCCUCCGUAGGGUGAAGACCUGCAAUCCGCCUGACGCCGGACCCAUCAUUGCCCACUGCAGUGCGGGUGUCGGUCGGACAGGCUGCUUCAUUGUCAUCGACGCCAUGCUUGAGCGUAUCAAGCACGAGAAGACUGUCGACAUUUACGGCCAUGUGACGCUGAUGCGUUCACAGCGGAACUACAUGGUGCAGACGGAGGACCAGUACAGCUUUAUUCACGAUGCACUGCUGGAGGCUGUGGCCUGCGGCAACACUGAAGUGGCUGCACGGAGCCUAUAUUCCUACAUCCAGAAGCUGGCCCAGGUGGAGAGUGGCGAGCACGUCACUGGCAUGGAGCUAGAGUUCAAGCGUUUGGCCAACUCCAAAGCCCACACAUCGCGUUUCAUCAGUGCCAACCUUCCCUGCAACAAGUUCAAGAAUCGGCUGGUCAACAUCAUGCCGUACGAGACCACACGCGUGUGCCUGCAGCCAAUCAGAGGCCUGGAAGGAUCGGACUACAUCAAUUCCAGCUUCAUUGAUGGAUACAGGCAACAGAAGGCCUACAUUGCAACGCAGGGCCCUCUGGCAGAGACUACAGAGGACUUCUGGAGAAUGCUCUGGGAAAACAACUCUACUAUUGUAGUCAUGUUGACCAAACUGAGAGAGAUGGGACGGGAAAAGUGUCAUCAGUACUGGCCGGCAGAGCGCUCUGCCAGGUACCAGUACUUUGUGGUUGAUCCCAUGGCAGAGUACAACAUGCCCCAGUACAUCCUUCGAGAGUUCAAGGUCACAGACGCCAGGGAUGGCCAGUCCAGGACAGUAAGGCAGUUCCAGUUUACUGAUUGGCCAGAGCAAGGUGUGCCCAAAUCUGGAGAGGGAUUCAUUGAUUUCAUUGGGCAGGUGCAUAAAACCAAGGAGCAGUUUGGACAGGAUGGACCAAUCUCUGUCCACUGCAGUGCUGGCGUGGGCAGGACGGGAGUCUUCAUCACCCUCAGCAUCGUCCUGGAGCGAAUGCGCUAUGAAGGCGUGGUUGAUAUCUUUCAGACAGUAAAGAUGCUCCGGACACAGAGGCCAGCCAUGGUCCAGACUGAGGACGAGUACCAGUUCUGCUAUCAUGCAGCUCUGGAGUAUUUAGGAAGCUUUGAUCACUAUGCAACGUAAAAAGCCAUCUCUUCCCCCAGAAUCCUGCCGCCCCCCUCAACAGUCUCCUGAGCCAUAGAAACUUUGAAAAAAAUAACAACAGCAGACGACAGUAACACCAUCCCUAAUUCAGACACACCAAACCAGGAUCCUAUUGUAGAUUUUUAGAGGACGACGCCCAACCAACAAGUUUAGAAUAAUUCCAAUUCGACUAAGAGACCCUUCAUGAGGAAGUGAGGAAAAUUGCCCAUCAUCCAGAAAAGAGAAGAAAAUCCUCGUCAGGAGAGGAACCAGAUGCUGUGGCUCAGGCUGUGGGGCGGGAAUCGAUCAAAGUGUCAGACUGCUUACCUUACCUCAAGUGUUUCAAUGUGGAGGACAUUGUAAACAUUCGUGGACAUUUUUUCUUCUCAAAAAUAUCUUCGUGAUACAACGGUAACAAGCAACAGAUAAUGAAGGAGAAGGCAACAGAGAAAAUCAUUGAGAGGCAGAUGGAUGUAGCCAAGACGAGGUGACUUUCUUGUUUUUUUGAUAUGCCUGGGUGUAAAAGGGGGUUAAAGUAUUUCUAUCAACACAUUUUGUGAGUGAUAUCCAGAGAAAUGACCAAAUUGUUCUUGCCUGUGUGAACAGAAAUGGUUUUCCCCAAACUCUGGUAAGACAAAAAAAAUAGAAACAGUGGAAUCAUUAAUGGCACGAGAACACUACCAUCUGGCAUCAAAGAAACCUUGAGUUUUGUUUUUUUUACACUGUUCCACUAAUGAUAUGCAUAAUUUGUGUGGUGUGGCAAAACACUCAACUAUUGAAGUAUACAUCACAUAACUGCGUGUUCUCAAGUGCUAAGAGCUUAGAGAAGGCAGUGUCAGCGGUUGUCGUGAAGAAAGCAGCUACACAUAUCUGACGAUCAGUUAGUUUCAUGAAUUGUGAACUUCUGUAAAAUCAGUCUCCCAAGCCAGGCAAUCACAGUGAUGCUGAAAAGUCACCAGAGAAAUCGGGGAAAACGUCCGCUGUUGCAAGAAGCUGCAGCUGACUCGUCUUGCAGGUGGUCAAGGCGGGAGAAAUGACAACUGUGUCCCAUGAUUUUUUACAAUCACUCCUCACUUUGGAACCAUUGCAUCAUGGGGCUUCGGUGUUAACAUCCACCAUUGCAAAGAAGAGGAACAAAUGGAACAACCAAACCAGGAUUGCCGUAAAGUUGGGGCUUUCUUUGUGUACAGUGACCAACGCUCAUCAUCAUUGUUUCGAACUUGUUUGUCCUUUGAGGAAUUAUCUUUUUUUCUUUUUAUUUUCUGUCAAAACCAAACAUGCUGCUUAUCUCGUGUAUGCUGUACGUGUGACUCUUGAGGGAGAGGAAACUGACGAACAAAAGAUGCCAGCUCUGCUAACCACUCGCAUCCAGGCGGGCAUGACUGAAAGCGCAUCCACAUUACACCGUUUUUUUCCACCUCUCCUUUUUUUUCUUCUCCAGCCUUCUCUAUAAUCAUCUAUUUCAUUGUACAAGACUCAAGAGUGGCAAAGGCCUGUUGCAAUUUCAAAGCUGUAUGUUCAUGUGGUUGAAAAAUUGGCCUUUAGUUCCACUGUAUGUGUGUUUGGUAACAGGUGGAUAAACAAAGUAGUUGCUUUGGUUUUUGUCCUCAGUUUUAUAGAUGAUGUCUCUGUGGGUGCCACAGCCAGACCAGGCAGCCAUGUUGGAUCUCAACGCCAUGAUGUGAUAAUGAAAUUCUUCGGUACAAGUUACUUGCACAUCCCUAAAAAAAAAAAAACAAACAAAAGAAACUUGAAACAACUACUCCAAAAACAACUGCAGGUUGGAUUUGACGCAUUAAUGUAUAUGUGUCUGAUAAGAAAAAAUCAAGCUUUUGAAAUCACCAGGUUUUCAUUUUGAGAUCAGUGCUUUGGUACAGAUGAGUGUACGGAUUCUGUGAAGGUUUCUGACGAGUGUGCACAAAAAAACAGAGCGAUGGACAGAACUGUGUGUAAUCUUUUCUUAUUUCCAAAAAAGCCUUAUUGUUAUUGUAACAUUAUGAAAACAUUAAUGUUGUAUUACAACGAUUUAUUUUACAUGACAUAGUUGACUUUUUAUUUUCUUUUUGGUUUAGUUUUUUAACAGAGAUGUUGUAUCGCAUUUUUUAAAAAUUAGCAGGAAAAGAGAAAUGCUUAUUUGUUCAUAUUACGUUUAAAGACAUUCUAUUUUUUCACUGUAGAAAAUGUUAAGUAUAACAUGUCUGUGUGUAUGUGUGCAUAUAUGUAUUUUUAUAUAUGUAUACUGCACACUCACACAUGCAUAUAUAUUUAAAUGCAGAAUAUAAAGAUAUAUCCAAACACUUAGUAUUAAAUCAAUUUUUCUCCUCAUCAUCUUUAUUUUUUUUUAUACCAGCCAGUGCUCAUGUUUGAAAAUAUGAUGACUUUUUGUUUCUUUUUGUUUGUGUGUUUCGUUUCUAUAAUCUAAGAAACAUUGUGUGUUUCUUAAGAAAAAGCAGAGAUGAUGUCAGCACUUUGCCUGAGUCCUCUGCCUCCACUCACCAAUUUAACUUCUACCCCUGGGUAGGUCCUGUGCCGAUGAGGAGAUGCCAUUUUUAAACAUUAAGAUUCUUAUUAUCAUUAACUUUUAGACAUUAGUAUUCUUUUGAUUAAUAUUUUGAGCAUUUGAAAAAUGAACUGGUCUACAAAAUAUCUAAUCAAAAAUUUCAUAACUGAACUUUUUUGUUAUCUAUGUCAGCCCAAGUUGACAAACUGUACCUUGUAUGAUCUUGUCCAACUAUGACCCUCAAGUUCUUUCUCUUUUUUUACUUUUAUUAUUUUCAGAUAUAAUGUAGUCAUUCAUUUUGUUAGAUAUCCACCAUGAUCUAGAAUAUACCUGUAAAUAAACAAAUAUAUAGAUUAUAUGUAUUUGUAUCAUUUGACCCUCAAGAUCUCAUACUUUAAGUGGGGACAGAUUCAGAAUUACAAAGAUCAAGUUUCUGCUCAUAUCCGACUUCCUGGUGUUUGUAAAGCCUGUUUUCUCUCCUUCUGAAAUGUUCUUUCUCCAACCCUGCUCCCUGGUCUUUAAUUACCACUCGCUUUUUUUCUGCCUUUAAUUUCCCCUGCUAGCAGUUAAACUGGGAAACAAGCCAGUUCUUGUUCUCACUCCUAUAGCCUCAAUGAGGGCGUGAAGUCAGCAUCAGCGAUCUGCUAGUAUAAUUUAGCUGAUGAUGGGAAGUUAGGCCACUCUACCAACUGACCAUUUGAAUUGGUAAUCAACCAUCAAUUCAAGAUCCUUUACAUUCUUGUUCUAACUAUAUACAAAAACUUCUCUUUCACACCAUGGAACUAAAGCAACUAGAAUAUGUUCAAUUCUUAUUAAUUAAUUAGACCUUUAAAAAGAAAAGAAAUUAGAGAGGAAUUGUAGAUUCUUAAUUUGUAACAAUGGCACCCAUAGUUGAUGUUAAUUCUUUAAAAGUUUCCCGCAAAUGCCCACAAGGUCCCCAGCUGUCCUAAAAUGCUAUGGUGUUAUCCAUAAAUACGGCAUAACAUGAUGGACAAAUACAGCUAUGCUAAAGGCCAUACAUAGUUCAGUUGCAACAACACAAAACAAUGUUGAUUUAUUUUCCCCCUGGUGCGUUGUAUAGAACCAUACUCUGUGUUUUUGUUCAGCCAUGUUUCGCUCUGGGAUGCAGAAAGAAAUCAGGACUCAAUGAAACAGAGAGCAGUGCGAUGCAACCAAGGGAAGAUCAAGACAACCAAAAACUUGCUGCAAAUUCACAUUUCCAGCAUGUCAUUUCUGAACAGUGGGAACCAUGCGAUGUUUCAUAAUGAACUCAAAUCCUGAACUUUCUUUCGGAAUUUAAAAAGUCUGGUAAAAUGGGCCCAUGCCAAAACUGAAACGGUGGAGUUCUUUGGAAGCUUGUGCAAUGUGUUACUCUUUUGACUUCAUGUAAAGAUGUUAGACUUUUGAAUACAGACGCCAAAUUUACUGGAAUAUGUCGCAGAAUAUUUGGGGGGGGACUAACAAAAAACAACACUAACAAAAAAUGACAUCUAAAAGAAUAGAACAUAUACAGUACGUACCGACAAAAUGAAAAAUAACCCUAACUCAGCAAAAUAGUUUUUCCUUUGUAAGAGGGCCAAGUGCUAUCACUUUCAAACUGUUACUUCUAACUGAAACAAUAAUUGGUUUAAAGCCACUGUGUAUGUAGAUAUGUUGACUUUGUAUUAAAGAAAUGUUGUCUGAAAACGA